UUGCCGAAGCUACCCGCUUCAGUCCCGAGCUCUCGGACCCAGAUGGCAUCCGCCUCGCCGGAACCCGCAGCGACCGAGACCGGCGACUCCGUCAAAAUCCGCCGCCUAGAGAUCGCCGACCGCGAGAGGGGCUUCCUACCCCUCCUCUCCCAGCUCUCCUCCUGCCCGGACCUCACCGAGUCCGAGUUCGCCGCGUGCUUCGCCGACCUCGCGGCCCUCGGCGACGACCACGUCAUCCUCGUGGCCGAGGACCCCGCCGCGGCUCCGGAGCGGCGGAUCCUCUCCACGGGGUGCCUCUUCGUGGAGCGCAAGUUCCUCCGCGGCGGCGGCAAGGUGGGGCACGUGGAGGACGUGGUGGUCGACGCCGCCGCGCGCGGCCGGGGGCUCGGGCUCCGCGUCGUGCGCCGCCUCGUGGAGAUGGCGAAGGACGCCGGCUGCUACAAGGUCAUCCUGGACUGCACCCCGGAGCUGCGCGCCUACUACGCCAAAUGCGGCUUCGUGGAGAAGGGGGUUCAGAUGGCCGUGUACUUCUGAAUUCUGAUCCAUCCAUGGGGUAAUUCAUGGCUAAUAGUCGAUCCAUCAAAGUUGAUCUAUGUCCUUGGGAGCCCUUCUGAAGAAAUUAGUACUGUCAUGGGGGCAGCUCUUAACCUGGCUGAUUUUCCAGUACCACAAUGGACCAUUGAGAAGCUUCCUUGAAGCUAAAUUCUUUUCCAGAAAAUACAAACUUCUAUCACGGGCUGGUACUGCUGAGCUCUCAUUCCCCUCCAUUCGAACUGGAUGUUAUACCAUGCACGUUAGAUGCUCUACCAAACAGUGGCUUCAGAAUAACAUGUCGGCUAGUUUACCGAGGUCAAUAUGAUUACCACUCUUUGUAGACUCAUUUGCUUACAACAGUGUAACUCGAUGAUAGUGUGAAGCCACAAAGGGUCUCUUUGUGGGAUUUAUUAAUCAUUAGGCAUAUUAUAAUCUGCCACACGGGAAUUCUCAAGAUCAUCUAGGAAGGAUUCUAGCCAGACCAUGGUUCUACCAUGAAGCCUCCCAAAGGAAGCUAGAAGCUCAUCCAAAGGAGUGUAUCUUGUCUUAUGUUGGGGUGUUAAAAGACAGCGUACUUUGCUGGCUGUUCGAUUCCCUUUGUUUCAGUUCCUGGAUUGUCAAAGAAGACAUGGGUUUUGGCUGUUUUAGUUUAUUUUUGCAUGAUGUUUGUAGUCAUAACCUCAGACAUAUGACCCCAAUUGUACCAUGGCUCUCUACAUAUGAUCCAUCCACAUUGGGCUUGA